AUUUCCUGUGUGUAAGAAUAAUAUUAUUUAUUUUCUAUCUUUAAGAAAUCAUUUAUAAACCUUACAAACUUCUUUACAGAUUCAUCAAGUAACAGAAAAUUCAUAAGAAAAUCCCUCCUUUUUUUCCUGCAAUUUUCCGAAACUCCACUUCAAAAACCACCAAUCAGACACCUUUUUUCCAGGAAAUUGUGUGGUAUACUAAAGCUGCAUUGUAAUUCGACUAGCCUUUCAACGAACGCUGAAUGGGUGACAAAACGUCGAAAGACAAAACGUCGAAUGCCAAAACGUCGAAUGCCAAAACGUCGAAAGGACAAAACGUCGAAGGGACAAAACGUCGAAAGGACAAAACGUCGAAAAGUGUGUAACUGUUCGCAGUUCAGUGUGGAUUUUUUUGAUUUUGUGUGGAUCGAGUUAAUCCUGUUGAUAGCUUGAGAGGGGUGGCGAUAUGGUAGAUCCACCAAGAUGGCAGGAUGACGAACUAAUUAACGGGGACACACUCAUUAUGUCUCAUUAUCUCGGGUCUCUGCCCAAGCGCUGAGAAGAGAGUGACUCAUUUUGCACUCUAUGAUGCUUCAGACCCGAGUUGAAACCACCAGCUGUGUAAAGAUUAUUGUGUUGAUGCUUGGCAUUGUUGUGCUAGUACCAUAUUCUGGGAUUCCGGAUGAAUUGCGGAGAAGUACAGCCGCAACCAAACCAGACGCCCUUGAAGGAAUAAUGCGCCCGAUGAUCGCCAUCGCCACCCUAAAUGUGCCAGAUACCCGGCCGACGAUAGCUAGAGACCACCAUCGUAGUCACCCUGAAGCAAGUUAUGACGUUAUGCUGAACAUUUGUGGAAGGUGCCACUGACAUUGUGCCACUCGCAGUGUUGCGAUAGGCCUUUUCAGCUGAUAGGUCCGUGUAUGCCAUUGUUUGCAACCGCCGAACAAAGGCGCAAACGCUAAACUGUCAUUUUCAUAGGAGAACUGUCAAAGGCCCGAAAAAUCAGCUGAUUUAAGACGUCAAAUGAAAAGGCCCAUUGAACGCAAUCAAUUUGCGUUGAAGUUCAAAAACGGCACGCUGCGAUCAAACAUAACGCACGUGAGCUCGACAGUGAACGCAACUUGAGCAAGAACUUCACCCGCUGAAUGCCAACAUGCCAACAUGGUACCCUGGUACCUGGCAAACUGAAAUGGUCAUGUUUCUACCAUUUUUUCACCAAUUCUAGCAAUUUUGGACUGAUUCAAUUCAGAAACUCACCCUCUAUUGAGAGGGGGAACUGGUUCGGUCACCGUGAAUUAGUGGAAAAUCCGGAUUUCGGUGCAGAAUCUUAAUGCCCGAUGCCAAAAUAUACCACUUCAUUGUGGCGCAUAUUUUCACGCAACAACGCAUGUAUGCAGAGCAGAUGCGUCACAAAGUCCCAGGGCAGCACCUUGGUCAGGACGCACAUAAGAUUUGAUGACACAUCCAAGCUCAGUUCAUUUUUGGCUCGCGUUUAGUUCAAAUGCAAUACUGGGUGCCAGUAGAAGGGGCUUCAAAGAAGUAAGAGAAGAAAAGGCCGGGAAAGUCCGGGAAUAAAUAAUGUUACACUUAACGUGACGUGAUGUGAGUUUUUAUAUAUGACAGUACGAAUAUGCCCUACCCGCGAAGAACUGGUCAAGAAACAUGCCCACCAUGAGGUGUUGUUUCAGGCAGCCUCAGGAAGGCUCCUCUCUGAACUAGUUGGCAGAUACAAGUGAAAGAAUGAGUAUCCUUUAAAAGAAUAAAGAACUCACUAUUUGCUCAGAUUACUCGUUUUCGACGUUUUCGACGUUUUGUCCUUUCGACGUUUUGUACCUUUCGACGUUUUGGCAUUCGACCUUUUGGCAUUCGACGUUUUGGCAUUCGACGUUUUGUCUUUCGACGUUUUGUCCCUAAGCCUACUUCACGAACGUCGAAGUGCUAACACAAGUUAGGUACUUCCUAGGGGCACUCGCUUGUCCAAAAUAAUUCCAAGCUCCACUGAAAUGUCCAGGAAUAUUAACUUCUUUUCUCGAUCAGCCUAGAUAGCUGUGUAGUGUCGGUAGCGAUUGUCUCAAUUGGCUAAGAAUAACACUACGGACCGCCUGUUCCGGUGGUAAGAAUCCACCAACAGGUGACCCCUAAUUCAUGGUGUGAUGCGGCUUUAUGCUUACCGUGCCUAGGAAUGAAUGGCUAGGGGGGUCUAAUAAAAACCUAACCGCUAACGGAGCCUGUGGAGUACCAGGGCGCCCUCCACAGUAUGUAGCCCUUACUGCGCUAACCGGAGCAAUGGUGCAGUGGACCUUGUGUUUCUCCGAGACAAUCAGCUGCCCUUCUUUAGUCUCACUUGAGGCUAAAUAAGGGCGGGAUUAUGAAGAUGUUGUUAAUUAGUUUAAAUUUUCACCUAUAUGGUUUCGCAUUAUGCGAUUUACACAGUGUAUUCUAUGUAUCCUCGCCUUUGGCGUUUUCCAAUCGAUACCGAUUUGGUUUUAUUGUUGCUGUUCUUUGUUGUGCUGCUGUUGCGAAGAGUUUAAUCUUACCUAGUUUGGGUAGUGGCUACGGUUAGGAUAGCUCAGAUCAAUCUUCAGCAUAAAAGAACAGCAACGAUCAAUCUUUGCAGACUUAUGCAAAAUGGUACAGCCCAAGUGGCCUUGGUACAAGAACCUUACUUUCGUAAGGGAAAUUUCUAUCUAGGAAACCUUGUGAACCCGGUGUUUGCCACUUUCAGUAAACAUGAAAUGGCAAACUCGCGUGUCAUGCCUCGAGCCUGUGUGCUUGUCAACAACGCAAUAGUUGCUACACUCAUCUCUGAACUAACCACCAGAGAUGUAUGUGCUAUCACAAUUGAUGUAUCUGUUGGAAACCUCAACAGGAAAUACGUCUAUUGUUCUGUGUAUUUACCACAUGAUGAACCAUCCCCUACGGAUGCUUUCAAACAAGUCAUCGCAUACUGCACUUCAAAAGGCCUUCCGCUAAUUGUUGGCAGUGAUGCUAAUGCUCACCAUAUCAUCUGGGGCAGCUCAGACAUUAACUUGAGAGGCUCCAGUUUGAUGGAGUACUUAAGUAGUACAGAUCUUGCAUUACUUAACAUAGGCAACCGCCCCACCUUCAUGGUAUCUGCUAGAGAGGAAGUGUUAGAUAUAACGCUUUGCUCUAGCAGAAUUAGUCACGAGCUGACCAAUUGGCAUGUGUCAGAUGAAGAAUCUUUAUCUGACCAUCGCUAUAUCUUUUUUGAACAUUUAAAUGUUACUUCGCAAACAUUGCGUUUCAGGAAUCCUCGGUCAACAAACUGGGAUCUUUAUACUGAUUUGGUUGCAGCCAAAUUUCAUGGAUAUUCACCAUCCAUUGACACUCCAAGUGAUUUAGAUGAUGCCGUUGAUACUACAACGACCUUCAUCAUGGAAGCUUUUGAAGAAGCAUGCCCUCUACGGUCUGUGAAGAUCACAAGAGGAACCCCUUGGUGGAACUCUGAUCUGGCGAAACUCAGGAAACAAUGUAGAAAGAGUUGGAACAGACGACGUUCGGCUGGUUCGGAGGCUUUCAGGUCGGCUCGCAAGGCCUACAGGAAAGCUCUCCGGUCUGCUGAACGAUCCGGCUGGAAAAACCUUUGUACAAAUGUUUCCAGCUUGAGUGAAGUCAGUCGAUUAAACAAAAUCCUUGCGAAAUCUAAGGAUUUCCGGGUGAACGAACUUCGUUUGCCAAAUGGCGAUCUGACUUCCUCUGAUGAGGAAGUUCUGGAAUGCUUAUUCAGCACACACUUCCCUGGAUGUGUGGAUAUUACAUCUUCGGAUGAUCCUGAUGUCUUUUCUUGUAGUUAUGAUUCUUUAGCUUCGGCUCGGAGUAUUGUAACUAUAGAAUCGAUUGAGUGGGCUCUUAAUAGCUUUGCUCCUUUCAAAUCUCCUGGGGCAGAUGGGAUUUAUCCUAUUUUGCUUCAGAAGGGAUUUGAUUAUUUCAAACAUGUUUUGAAAAAAACUACUUGUUUGCAGUUUUGCUACAGGGUAUAUUCCCAAAUCCUGGAGGGAUAUUACUGUAAAGUUUAUUCCGAAAGUGGGUCGUGCGUCGUAUGAAGAAGCAAAGAGUUUCAGACCUAUCAGUUUGACCUCUUUUCUUCUGAAAUGCUUAGAACGCAUUGUGGAUCAUCAUAUCCGUGAUGUUCAUCUGGCCAACGUGCCUCUUCAUGUGAACCAACAUGCCUACCAAUCUGGUAAGUCCACUGUGACUCUUUUACACAAGGUUGUUUACGAUAUCGAGAAAGCAUUCGCUCAAAAGCAAUCUUGUUUGGGUGUUUUCUUAGAUAUCGAGGGUGCCUUUGACAACGUGCCUUUCGAUGCCAUAUUGGAAGCCGCACGGAGUCAUGGUAUAUCUCCAAUGAUUUCCAAUUGGAUUCACCAAAUGCUCAAAAACCGAUAUCUCUUCUCGACAUUGCGUCUAGCAGGGAUUAGGAAAUUGAGUGUUUGUGGAUGCCCCCAAGGGGGAGUCUUAUCACCGCUUUUGUGGAAUCUCGUAGCAGAUACGCUAUUGAGGCAACUCAAUAAUAGCGGUUUUCCUACUUAUGGUUUUGCCGACGACUACCUAACAUUGUUAGUUGGUAUGUGCAUCAGCACCCUUUUCGACCUGAUGCAAAACGCCCUUCAGGUAGUUGAGGAUUGGUGUCGCCAAUAUGGCCUUUCGGUUAAUCCGAGUAAAACAUCUAUUGUUCUUUUCACGGAAAGGCGAAACCGUAAUGGCGUUCGACCUUUGCGUCUCUUUGAUUCUGAAAUCGAUGUGACUGAACAGGUAAAGUACGUUGGAGUCAUUCUUGAUUCCAAGCUUUCCUGGACACCUCACAUUGAGUUCAGAAUCAAGAAAGCUUGUAUGGCCUUCGGGCAAUGCCGGCGUACUUUUGGUACAACUUGGGGUCUAAAACCCAAGAAUAUCAAAUGGAUUUACACAACUGUGGUUCGGCCAAUAUUGGCCUAUGGAUGUCUUGUGUGGUGGCAAAAGGGUGAAGUGAGAACGGUCCAAUCAAAAUUAGGCCAUCUCCAAAGGAUGUGCCUAAUGGCGAUGUCUGGAGCGUUCUCUUCAACUCCUACGGCAGCGCUAGAAGUUCCCUUUGACGUUGCCCCACUACACAUUCAUCUCAAACAAGAAGCCCUUUCUUGCACUUACCGGUUACGGGUACUCGGUCUACUAGAGGAAACUUCUGUGAACCGCAGUUCAACACACACCUCGUUGUUUCCACUUUUGGUGAAUUGGGACAAAAUUGUCCUUGCUCCAAGUGAUCUUACAAUUGCUUGUAAUUUUCCAUAUAGGACAUUUUCCACGAAAUUCCCUUCCCGGGAAGAGUGGACAUCUGGUUAUCUGGAAAGAAGUAUUUCAGACGGCAUCGUAUGUUACACUGAUGGCUCUCUUCUCGAAGGUCGAGCAGGUGCUGGUGUUUAUUCUCGUGAGCUAAGGCUGUAUCAGUCUUAUUCACUUGGUAGACACUGCACCGUUUUUCAGGCCGAAAUCUUUGCUCUUAUGUGCGGAGUGCAAUCAGCACUUCAGCAGCACGUAAUGGGCAAAGUAAUAUACUUCUGUUCAGAUAGCCAGGCUGCUAUUAAAGCACUUGCUUCGGCCAACUCCAGGUCGAAGAUAGUUAUCGCUUGUCGAACUCAAAUCGAGGAGCUGAAUUCAGCAAACGCUGUUCACCUUCUAUGGGUACCUGGUCAUUCUUCCAUCGCUGGAAAUGAAUUGGCUGAUGAGUUAGCUCGCUCUGGAGCAUCACAUGACUUCAUUGGCCCUGAGCCAGCUAUUCCGAUAUCGAAGUGUUGGAUUAAGCUUCAGAUUCACACCUGGGCUGUCACUCAACACAGACAAUAUUGGAAUAGUUUGGAGUCAUGUCGUCAAACCAAAUUGUAUAGUGCUGAGCCAUCUCUACGGGUGGCGAAGUAUCUAACUAAUCUGUCUAAGCAGAAUUGCAGCAUGCUGGUCAAAGCAUUGACUGGCCACUGCCGACUCAGCUAUCACAUGGCGAAUAUUCAGCAAGCUGAUUCAUUUGCCUGUGAUAGCUGUGAAUCCGAUUAUGGAACUUCGUAUCAUUUGAUAUGUAACUGUCCAGUUUUCGCGCAACUGCGUUUCCGAGUAUUCGGUAAACACUUAUUAAGUGAAACUGACUUCAGAAACCUGAAUCUUCAGGAUAUUCUGUUGUUCUUAACCCGCUGUGGUAAAGAGCUAUAGGCUCUCUUUCGCUUUAUGCGUAAUUACAGUGCCCUUUUCAGGGCGCUGUUUGAACCCAUUGUGGUACGCUUGUGCGUUAGUACCCUCUUCCAGGGUAUUUUUCCUAUUUCCCUACCUGUCCCUAUCCCCAUCCAAAUCCUUUUUCCUUCCUUUUCCCUCAGGUAGAUGAUGAAAUAGGCUGUUAUUUUGGCGAUGGCACAAAUGUCCCAAAUGGAGGAUAACGUGCCUCUGGAGCCGGCCUUCUGAUACCUGAUAGGUACUUCCUAGGGGCACUCGCUUGUCCAAAAUAAUUCCAAGCUCCACUGAAAUGUCCAGGAAUCUCAGUUUUCGCUACUCGAUUUUUUGGCCAAAAAAUCCUUCGAGAAAUGCCGCACCAUUUUCGCCAACUGCUUAUUCUGGUACUUAAUGCGAAAUCAAUCAGUAAGAUCCAUGAAAAUCUUCUUCAAAUAAUACACCAAAUAGCUUCUUCUUCUUCUUCUGCAUGGCUCUACGUCCCCACUGGGACUUGGCCUGUCUCUCUUCAACUUAGUGUUCUUUGAGCACUUCCACAGUUAUUAAUUGAAGGGCUUUCUUUGCCUGCUGUUGCAUGAAUUUGUAUAUUGUGAGGCAAGCACAAUGAUACACUAUGCCCAGGGAGUCAUAAAAACUUUCCCGACUGGAACGGGAAUCGAACCCGCCGUCUCCGGAUUAGCAAUCCAUAGCCUUAACCACUAGGCUAAUUGGAGACCCCUACACCAAACAGCCUCCGGAUUAAA